AUGGAGCCUCUGUUCCCAGCCUCCCCACUGACCAGCUGGAAUGCCUCCUCGGCAGCCACAGGCAGCGGCGGCGAGAAUGGGACUCUGGCGGGGCUGGUGCCCUCACUGGGCGCCCGGGCGGUGGUGGUGCCCGUGCUCUACCUGCUGGUGUGCACAGUGGGGCUGGGCGGCAACGCGCUGGUCAUCUACGUGGUACUGCGCCACGCCAAGAUGAAGACGGUCACCAACAUCUACAUCCUCAACCUGGCCGUGGCCGACGUGCUCCUCAUGCUGGGGCUGCCCUUCGUGGCCACGCAGAACGCCAUCUCCUACUGGCCCUUCGGCCCCGUGCUCUGCCGCCUGGUCAUGACGCUGGACGGCAUCAACCAGUUCACCAGCAUCUUCUGCCUGACCGUCAUGAGCGUGGACCGCUACCUGGCCGUGGUCCACCCCAUCCGCUCCGCCCGCUGGCGCCGCCCUCGGGUGGCCAAGCUGGCCAGCGCCGCGGUCUGGGCCUUUUCUCUGGUCAUGUCACUACCGCUGGUGGUGUUUGCAGACAUCCAGGAGGGGUGGAACACCUGCAACCUCAGCUGGCCGGAGCCUGUGGGCCUGUGGGGCGCCAUCUUCAUCAUCUACACGUCCGUGCUUGGCUUCUUUGGGCCGCUGCUGGUCAUCUGCCUGUGUUAUCUGCUCAUCGUGGUGAAGCUGAAGGCGUCGGGCAUGCGCGUGGGCUCCACGCGGCGGCGCUCAGAGCGCAAGGUGACCCGCAUGGUGGUGGUGGUGGUGCUGGUGUUCGUGGGCUGCUGGCUGCCCUUCUUCAUCGUCAACAUCGUCAACCUGGCCUUUGUGCUGCCCGAGGAGCCCGCCUCCGCUGGCGCCUACUUCUUUGUGGUCGUGCUGUCCUAUGCCAACAGCUGCGCCAACCCCUUGCUCUACGGCUUCCUCUCUGACAACUUCCGCCAGAGCUUCCGGAAGGUUCUGUGCCUCCGCAAGAGCUACGGCACUGAGGAGGCGGAUGCCACGGAGCCGCGGCCGGGCCAGAGCAGCCGGCUGCAGGAGGCCAUGCUGCCCGCACGCAGCUGCGAGGCCAACGGGCUCAUGCAGACUAGCAAGCUGUGA